GCCCCCAUUCAGUUCGCUUUUGGACGUUGGACAACGGAGGUGGAGGUUGUGAGUCCGCCGUUCAGGAGAAGCAGCGAAAAGCCUCUCUUUGUCCUUAACUUCAGAAGGAAAGCGUCCGUUGGGCCUUUCUCUCCUUGAGUGAGGCGUCGACGGCCCGUGGAACUGAGUUUUCGGGCAGGGGUGGUCGAAGAAAAGGAAGCUCGGAAGCUGCCGUCCGAGAUGUCCAGCUACGUGAACGACCUGUGGCCGGGCUCGCCGCACAAGGUCUCCCCCUCGUCGUUGCGGUCGGGCCCGUCCAGCCGGCUGUCCUCAGCGUCCGGGAGCCGCUCUCCCCGGAGCUCUCCGUCCCGAUCCAUCGUCUGGAGUCGGUCGUGGUCGCGGAGCCGCAGCCGCAGCGCGCCCCGGCGGAGGAGCAGGUCGAGGUCUCGCUCCCGAAGGCGCCACCGAAGGAGGUACCGGCGCUACUCGCGCUCCUACUCGCGCAGCCACUCGCGCUCCUACUCGCGGAGCCGCUCGCGCCCCCGCAGCCGCCGGUACCGGGAGAGGCACCACGGCUCCUCCAGGAGGUCCUGCCGGUCCCUCAGCCGCCCCCGCUCCCGCGGCCGCUCGCCUUACCGGAGGGCCUACGCCUUCGCGCGGGACCGCCGUUACUACGGCUUCGGCUGCACCGUCUACCCGGAGGAGCGCAGAGGCUGGAGGGGGCGAUCCCGGCCCAGGUCGCGGAGCCCAACCCCAUUUCGUCUGAGUGAGAAGGAUCGAAUGGAGCUGUUAGAAAUAGCAAAAGCCAAUGCCGCAAAAGCAUUAGGAACAGCCAACUUUGACUUGCCAGCUAGUCUCAGAACUGUUUCUGUAUCUAAAGAAACCAACCGUGGAACAGCUGUACUGAAUAAUGGUGCAAAGUCUGAGAAAUCAUGAAUGUGGUCUCCAGACAUUGAUGAAGAAAAUCUGUUGAUGUUUUGAGAGAUUACAGAAGAAGAGGCCUGCUUCACUUGCAGAUAAGUUUAUUACAAUUCUCCAGAAAUGUGCAGCAUAAAAUUCAUAGCUUAAAGGUUUAAGGUAGUUAGGAAUUGGUAACACUCAGUUAACAUAGGAAAGAUGGGUUAUCUCCUGUCAUUCAGACCCAGAUGUGGGUUUGCCUAAGUAUUGUGGUGGACAAAAAAGAUCUUAGUCGCUUUUUCAGACGGUUAGGUGCCCAACUGGAUGGGCAAAUGCCAUAGUUCUUUGAAACUAGGUGUUUUCUGGUAUGACUUGACUUUCAAAGUUACUUGAAUUUGCAUCAGGGGCAUACAAUACUGCUUUAUGGGGAAGAGUGUCUUAAGCCUAUCAUUGAAUCAGUUUUGUUAUGGGGAAAACUCAACAGAGUACUAUGUGGUUUAUUUUAGGAUGUUAACUAUUUGGUUACAUCCAACUUGAUUUGUGUCUCUACAAGUGAAUUUGUAAUACAAUUGGGCUGCUUUUUAUACCUACUAGGGUAUGGUUUUUUAAAAUUUACUUUCUCUUACCU